CACUAUCAGAGGCACCUGCUUGGGGCAAUGAAAUUCCUCGGUUACAUGUUGGUUUAUCGCCGGCUUCUCCUUGUGGUUUUCACUCUUUUGGUUUUACUGCCAUUGCCUGUCAUCCUCCGCAGCAAGGAAGCAGAAUGUGCCUACACACUCUUUGUCAUUGCCAUAUUUUGGCUCACAGAAGCUUUACCUCUGUCGGUAACAGCUUUGCUGCCUGGUUUAAUGUUCCCCAUGUUUGGGAUCAUGCCUUCUAAGAAGGUAGCAUCUGCUUAUUUCAAAGAUUUUCACCUUCUGCUAAUUGGAGUCAUCUGUUUAGCAACUUCAAUAGAAAAAUGGAAUUUGCACAAGAGGAUUGCUCUGAGAAUGGUGAUGAUGGUCGGUGUGAACCCUGCGUGGCUGACUUUGGGGUUCAUGAGCAGUACUGCCUUCUUAUCCAUGUGGCUCAGCAAUACUUCAACUACGGCCAUGGUGAUGCCCAUCGCAGAGGCUGUGGCACAGCAGAUCAUCAGUGCAGAAGCAGAGAUCGAAGCCACUCAGAUGACUUACUUCAACGGAGCUACCAACCAUGGACUAGAAAUUGAUGAAUGUGUUAGUGGACAUGAAACAAAUGAGAGGAAAGAGAAAAUAAAUCCAGUUCCACGAUACAGUAAUGGUACAGGGAAGAUUUCAAGCAAGAUGGAGGUGGAAAAGAACUCAGGCACAGGAACUAAAUAUCGAACAAAGAAAGACCACAUGAUGUGUAAACUUAUGGGUUUGUGCAUUGCUUACUCUUCUACCAUUGGUGGACUCACAACGAUCACUGGGACCUCCACCAACUUGAUAUUCACUGAGCAUUUCAAUACACGCUAUCCUGAUUGUCGCUGCCUCAACUUUGGAUCAUGGUUCCUAUUUUCCUUCCCAGUUGCAAUUAUUUUACUACUCUUGUCCUGGAUCUGGCUUCAGUGGUUUUUCCUAGGAUUCAACUUUAAAGAGAUGUUCAGCUGUGGAAAAGCCAGAACAGUUCAACAAAAAGCUUGUGCUGAGGUGAUAAAGCAAGAAUACCAAAAACUUGGGUCCAUAAGAUAUCAAGAAAUUGUGACUUUGGUCCUCUUCAUUGUAAUGGCUCUGCUGUGGUUUAGUCGAGACCCUGGGUUUGUUUCUGGUUGGUCUGCACUUUUUUCAGAGUACUCUGGUUUUGCUACAGAUUCAACUGUGGCCUUACUUGUAGGACUCCUAUUCUUUCUUAUCCCAGCUAAGAAGCUGACUAAAACUACACCAACAGGAGAAAUUGUUGCUUUUGAUUACUCUCCACUGAUUACCUGGAAGGAAUUUCAGUCAUUCAUGCCCUGGGAUAUAGCAAUUCUUGUCGGCGGAGGGUUUGCGCUGGCAGAUGGUUGUGAGGAGUCAGGGCUAUCUAAAUGGAUAGGAAAUAAAUUAUCUCCUCUGGGUUCACUACCAGUAUGGCUGAUAAUUCUGAUAUCAUCUUUGAUGGUCACGUCUUUAACUGAAGUAGCCAGCAAUCCAGCUACCAUUACCCUUCUUCUCCCAAUAUUAUCUCCAUUGGCUGAAGCCAUUCAUGUGAACCCUCUUUUGAUUUUGAUACCUUCUACUCUGUGUACUUCAUUUGCAUUCCUUCUACCAGUAGCAAAUCCAUGUAAUGCUAUUGUCUUUUCCUAUGGCCAUCUGAAAGUCAUUGAUAUGGUUAAAGCUGGACUUGGUGUGAAUAUUGUUGGUGUUGCCGUGGUGAUGCUUGGCAUGUACACCUGGAUUGUACCCAUGUUUGACCUCUACACUUAUCCUUCUUGGGCUCCUGUGAUUAGUAAUGAAACCAUGCCAUGAUAUGCACAAAAGUUCUGACUAUCUUGUGGUAACUUUUGGAAAGCAUUACUAAUUCAUUGCACAAUGUGACUCUAACUGAUGAGACAUUUAAAUCAGUUAUGGUGUAGCUGCUGCAAUUCCGGGAAUAUUCAAAACCUGCUGUUAUAACUCAGAGUUCAUAUUCUUUUUGAGAUGCAACCAAAGAGCAUCUAAGUGCCUUCAUCAAGAAACCUAUCGUUGA